AUGGAUUCCAGCCAAGUCAAGCAGGCCGUUAUGAAGCAGGUCCAGCAGGAGGCCAACCUUGUCAACGCUCGGGCCCUUAUCGAGAAACUCCAGGAGAACUGCUUCGAAAAGUGUGUCCCCAAGCCCGGAUCUUCCCUCUCGAGCAGCGAGACGACCUGCAUGACCAGCUGCAUGGAGAAGUACAUGGCCGCCUGGAACAUGGUCAACUCGGCCUAUAUCGCCCGGUUAAAGCAAGAGUCCGGUCAUUAA